AUCUCGCGGUGCCAGACCCGACCUGGGGCCUGGCAGGAGUCGGAGGGAAAGUUUGUGGCCUGAGGUAGCGCUGGAUCCUCAGACUUGGCUGUAAAAUAUUUAACAGCGAACAAGGAUCCCCAGGAGCCCGGGCCGAGAUGAGUUUAGAGUCCUUGUUUCAGCACAUCAUCUUCGCCGAGCAUCAGGCUGAGGAGAGUCGACGGAUGAUGCGAGAAGUAAGGUCAGAAGUAACCAGAUGUCGUGAAAAAAUAAAGAAAGCAACAGAGGAGCUGAACGGAGAGAAAAUCAAAUUGGAAUUUAAGGUUCAACAGUGUUCUGAAAAAUCCUCUGUCUUACAGCUUCUACAAGCUCAUGAAAAUGCCUUAGAAAGACAAUGCAGUGAAAUUACAAACCAAAGGAAUAUGCUUCUCCAGACCUUUGAGACUACAAAGAAAAAAAUGGUAGAAGAGGAAGAAAAAUUUAUUAAGGAAAUUACUGACUUUAAUAAUGAGUAUGAAAUAACAAAGAAAAGAGAGCUUUUGCUGAAAGAAAAUGUCAAGAUUGAAAUAUUUGACUUAGAAAACCAAGCAAACAUUUUGAAAAGAGAAAUAAAGUCCAUGGAACAUGACAAUGGGCAGUUCAGUGAACUUCAAAAACAAAAGAGUGAAUUGAUACAAGAAUUACUUACUCUCCAAAGAAAACUUAAAGUUCUUAAGGAUGAAGAGAAAGAAGCAAUUUGUACUACCAAAUAUCUAGAGGCAGAAAAAAUAAAGAUCAAUGAAAAGCCUCAAAAUGACACUGAAUGCUUAAGACUUAAGAAAGAAUUAGAACUUUAUAAGGAAGAUGACAUGGAAAGUGUUUAUGAAACUCUCCAAACAGAAAUAGAAUUUUUGGAGAUGGUAAGCUAUCACUUCUUCUGACAUUGGCACAGAAAAAUCUUCAGAAAAACAACUUUUCAAAAAUUAAUGAUCCAUCUGAGACUUGAUCAAAGCAUCUUAGAGUUAAAUUGUGAUACAUGAAUGGUUCCCAUUACAACAGAUUCUUGUGGAAAACAUGAGGUCCAGAAUAUUCAGAGAUGUUGAUAUCUACAUUUAGUUUAUUGGCACAUCACAAUAAUAAUGUUUCUGUCUUGUUGCUCACUAUAACUCUAAAAGUUUUAUAUGGUAUGAUUUUGUUUCUAAAUGGAGAGAAGGGAGCAGUAGAUAUUGUUUUCCCAGGCUUAUAUUCCUCUGACUCUUAAGCUGAUCUAUAUUUUUCACUGUGUAUUGUAGAUUACCUCAGGCUUAGUCAAACACAAACAGAAAGAAAUGCUCAGAUUGUUGACUCAUUUUUUGGUACCAUUUUUACCUACAAAGGUGCUUACUUCAUUUUAAUCCUUCUCCAGUCAGAAGUAGUUUGUUGACAGAGGUCCUCUGAGGCCUUUCAUCUGUAAAAGCCAGUUUUCUCCAUUUUUCUCUGUGUGUUUUUGGAGUUAAAGUCUAGGGCAUCGGCAGCUGUUUUCCAGCAAUUUGUGCUUACCAGUUUUCUUCCCAAUGCCAAUACUGGUUAAAAUGAAAAUAAGUUAUCUACUAGGGGAGGUACUUAAUCUCCUUAUGGCCAUUAGGAUUCAUUUUUGCAGGUGGCAUGAAAAAUUAUAAUUGAAAACUGUACUUAUGGUCAGGUCAAACUUAGUAUUGCCACCAAAAUUCCGACAUCAUUUUUUUUUCCUCUGUUAGUACUCUUAACUAGAUAGAAAGGUAUAUUUUCACUAGUGCCUAAUAGUAUUGAAACUGUUCAAAAAGACCUUAUUUUAGCUUAGGUAAAGGAAGGAAACAAAACAUAUAUUUUAAAAUAUCCUCUGCUGAUGUUAGAAUCCUUAUUUUGUGGUUGGGCUUUCAUUAGUUAAAUGUUAAAUAUGAAGUGUUCACAGCUGCCUUAGAUCCACUUAUGUUAAGGUAGAAUUUUUAAAUUCUAGUUUCAGAGAAAGCCUUAUUUUUCCAGAUUUUUAUGAAUGUGUUGUUUUACAUCCUUAUUUUUGAAAAAUUAAGCAAACUUAAAAUUCUCCUUUGGGGUGUGUAGCAAUUGCCAUCUGUUUAAGUAAUUUGCAUUUUCAGAAGUGAGUCUUAUUUUUAUUUUUUAAAUAUUUAAAUGCUUAAGAAGAAAAAAAUAAUUCUUCCAGUGAAUUGCAAUCUAUUUUAUAUACAAAUAUAGAGUGGAAAAUAGUUGUUGGGACUGCUCCUGACUGUAAUUCUGUCUUAUUUGAGUCUAUUUGUCUCCUCAUAUUCUGUGUCUUGUGAAUAUUUAUUAUUGUAUGUAUCUCAUAUUAUUAACAUGCAGAGUGAAUUUGUACAUAAAGCCUUUUUUGCUUGCCAAUAAUGUUUUUCAUUAUUGGUUUUGUAGCUAAAGUAUUAAUGUGAACUAAGAUUACCACCCAUUUUUACUACUUACACACAAUGCCAUAUAUGCAGAAUAAACUAUUUCUGAUGCUACUGUUCUUUCACAUGUGCACCAUACAGAAUAUGUAGAUGGCAUAUUCAGUAAUACAAUCAGGAUUCAUAUGAAUUUAAUUUAAGAAGAAAACCCAAGGGUUCAGUGUUUUCAUUAUAUCAAAAAUGCUUUUUAAGUGAAUAUUUUAAGAUUUAAAUUAUUUUUUAUAAUCAAAUGAAUGAUUAUUUUGACACUUCAUAGUAGAGUAAUACAAAACACAACCUAAGUAAUACCAAUCAAAAUAACUAGGACUGCUUGAAUCAAUUUAAUCAAAAGAACAGGUUCUCUGAAGCAAAAGAAAUACAACAGUCAAUAAAAAUCACAGUAUACAAAGCUAAAUUGUGUUAUCAGUGUAGCAUACCAGCAGUAUUAUAAGGUCUAGAUUUUUAAAAAGAAUUUGUAAGUCAUAAAAGUCUUAGGAAAAUUAACUGCAAUUUUCUAGGUAAAAAUAUGUCUCAAGCUAAAUUUAAUGACUCUGGAAGGAAGGCAAUUUUAAAAUGAAUGCACAUUCUUUAAGUAAAUUCUUUGAAUUUAUCACAUACUUAGUUAUAACCAAAGUGAAAACUAACCCAAAGUAAUACUGAUAUCUGCCCUGGGAUUCCUGGCAUGCCACCAUAGUUCUUUAAUGAAACCAAAGUUCUUUCAGAAGCAACUUUCUAAUUUUCAGCUCUCCACUGGGGAUAAUAUUGGAUUAUAUAGAUAGUUUGCUGCCUGUUUUUAUUCCCCCCCUGCUGAUUAAUGGAGCUAUUUGGCUAGGAUAAAAACAGUAACAAAAUCAUGGAACAUGACCACUGGACUAAAAAUUUCUUUCUUCCUGAAAUGGGAGGAAAAGACAAAGAAAAGGAAAGGUUUAAGGUAUGUAUGAUGGGAGGGUUUCUAUACUAUCAUUGUUUUGUCAAUAGUGCUGUUUUUUUCCAUAAAAGAAAAAAAAUUAGAGUUCUCUGCCUGCCUGUUUUUUUCUUAGAACUUGAUUAAUCUUGGUGAGAUUCAGAAUGUCUAACGUAAGUUUGAAGUCAUUGUAUUUUUGAAUGGAAUCUAGAAAAGAGUCAAUUGGCAUUGAUAAUGUAUUAUAGAGUGGUAAUUAUGCUGUGAAUUAUGUUGUGAAAAAAAUCUAUUGAAUUUUACCAGAUGGGCAAGCAGUAAUUCAGCUGCUAGAACAGACAACGUAUACUGGACAGCCCCUGUUCUACGUUUUGCUGAGGACAAAGUCCCUUUCUAUUUCAUACCAAUCAAUCAUACAUAACUGUGUCACACUAUGAUGAAUAAAUCAUUUCUUUGCAGUCCAGAAAACAGUAGCAGUUCAGUGACAUAAUUAGAAAUAAAUAUGAGACAAUUUUAAUCCUGGGUAUACUAGGGUAAGGUAUUAUUUCAAAUAUAUAUAGUUUGAAAUUUGAAGUUGUUCAAUAUACUAAAAUAUAUUUUAGGAGUUGAAGCUGAUCUAUUUUAGCUGAACUUUUACAUUUCUUUUUUGACCCAUCUUCUCUCCUUUGUCAUCCUGCAAAACUUAAGUGAACCAAAUACGUUUGCCUCUCAGAGUCUAGUUCAGAACAUUUUCUGUCAAGGGAAUUUCUUCAGGAUGUGAACAAAAAGUGAAAAAUAUUCUUUGUCAUUAGCCUGAAGCAGAGAUUAAGUCUUAAAUUUUGUGCCCCUUUUAUCUUAAGAUAGUGUGUGUGUGUCUGUGUGUGUGUGUGUCUUUGUGUGUGUGUGUGUGUCUGUGUGUAUGGUAGGAAUGGGAAGGAUGAAAUUACCUUUGAAAUUUUUGAGAUAGAAAUGUAUAGUUAACUGCAUUUAUGCUUUCUAAACAUUAUAUUUUCAAGGUAACUUAAGUGUUUUCUUGGUCUAAUGGUCACCUCAUCAUACCAACAAAUAAGCUUUAUUUUCUUAUUUGAUUUACUAGCAUGACAAAAAAUAGCAUUGAGACAAUGUUAAUUAAUACUAUAUGAAGGAAAUGAUGUAAGAAUCAAAAAUUUUUUGUUCAUUUAUAGAGGGUCACAUUUAUUAAAUGUGAGGAAAGUGUGCAGAGUAUUGUGUGUUGUAAGAACAUACUUUUGUUUUUUGGAGGAAAAAAGAGUGUAACAGAAAGCCAUGACUGAUGGUAAAAUUCUAUCCCAGCUGCUGCUAUGAAAAGUAUCAAGAGCAAAACUGUUAGAAUUGAAUGUUUACUUAACCAACUGUCCUUGGUAUAUACCAAAUUUAUCUUUAAAAGGUCUUCAUGAAAUCAACAGUGCCAGAAUUCAGAUGUCUAGGAAAAUAAGGAGUAAAAUGGGAAAUUAAUACCAAUGACUGACAUAAGUCGCUGUUUCAAACCAG